GGAAGUAAAAUGUAAAAAAAAAGAAAAAGGGAUGGUCAGAAAAGUAAAGCUGCGAGCACCGCAAUGCUGUCUUCACACAUGUCUCUCCACAUGGAGCCGAAAUAUUUCGCUACCAGCCUUUCCAGAUAUCUUGAUGGAGAUUUCUGUCAAACCAAAGAUAUCCUCCGAGAGGAAAUUUCUGAAUGUGAGCUCUUCCAGCACAGCAGCUAUGACCUGACUCUGGAGCAGAUCAGAGAGCUAACUGCACAGAGGUUGCACUUUGUCUUGAAGUUACCCCUAAUGAAACGCCAUCUCAAUGAUCAGGUGGCUGGAAGAAAAAAGGGUUUCAUAAGCAAGAGCCUGUGCAUCACAGAGCUGAUCUGUUCUGCAGAUAUGGCCACUGGAGUAAAGAUGGGAGUUGUGUGUGGACUGUAUGGUGGGGCAGUUACCAACCUAGGCAGUCCAGAGCAAGUGGAGAGAUUGUAUGUGCCUGUCACAGAGUUGGAAUUCACUGGGAUGUUUGCCAUGACAGAACGAGGUCAUGGGAGUAACGUGCGAGGCAUACUCACCGAGGCUCACUAUGACCCUUCAGUACAGGAGUUCAUUAUCCACACACCAUGUGAAAAUGCACAGAAGAUGUACAUCGGAAAUGCAAUGAAAGGAAACUAUGCUGCUGUUUUUGCACAGCUCAUGAUCAACGGAGAAUGCCACGGUCCUCACUGCUUCAUUGUACCAAUCCGAGACCAGAAUGGGGUCAUGUGUGUAGGAGUGACUGCGGUUGAUAUGGAACAUAAAGAAGGCCUCCAUGGAGUUGACAAUGGUAUCUUGAUAUUUGAUCAUGUCAGGAUCCCACGGGAAAACCUGCUACACAAAUUCGGUUCGGUGUCAGCUGAUGGUCAGUACUCUUCUCCCAUUCAGAGUAAAGGCAGCCGCUUCAACGCCAUGCUUGCUGCUCUCACCCCGACACGUUUGGCUCUCACUGUGCAGGCCAUGGCUGCCAUGAAGUUGGGACUCAUCAUAGCAGUGCGCUACAGUUACAGCCGCAGACAGUUUGGGCCAAAAGACCAAGAUGAGGUUAAAAUCAUCGAGCACCAAACUCAGUAUCUGAGGUUAAUGCCGCACUUGGCCACCGUUCUCGCUCUUACCUUCACCACUAGACAUACAGCAAGGCUGAUGGAUGAAGCUCUGUGUCAGGGGCAGGAUCUUCAGUGUAAUCGUCCUCUGCAGGCGUUGGUUGCUGGUCUCAAAGCCUACAGCACUUGGGCCAACGUGGCCUGCUUACAAGAAUGCCGAGAGUGUACGGGGGGCAUGGGCUUCAUGAUGGAGAACAGGAUCCCGUCUCUGAAGUGCGAUUCAGACGUCUUUGUGACUUUUGAGGGAGACAACAUGGUCAUGCUUCAGGUGGUGGUUCGCGAGCUUUUAAGUCAGUACUCCAAGCAGAUUGGGAAAAACCCGGUGUCUGGACUGAUCAAAAACUGGACCAGUUAUGCCUCCGACAGCCUCAGAACCAGUUUUCCCAGUUUCUUUCUAGAUAAAGUAGGAGACCUGAGCUUCCUGCUAAAAGCUUUGAGCUACAGAGAGAGGGUCUUACAGCGUAGCCUCGCUGCACGCCUUUACACUAAGGUCGAUAAGAACAAAGAAGAGUUUUUCAGUGCCUGGAACUCCUGCCUGCACCAUGUGACUGGACUCGCCCUGGCACACAUACACCGAGUGACUCUGGAGCAGUUUGCGCUGGCAGUGCAAGAGUGCCAAGUGAACGAAGACCAAGCUUUGUUAAAGAAGUUCUGCCUUCUGCACGGAACCAGUCUGGUGUAUCAGGAGCGAGGGUGGUAUCUGGAACACAACUACUUCAGUCCCGGUGCUAGCAGACAGAUUCGCAGCCAGUUGUUGGAGCUGUGCAGGUCAGUGAAGGAUGAUGCAUUGAAGGUGGUGUCAGACUUCAACAUGCCUCCCUGUUGCAUCCAGGCACCAAUCGCCGGUGUGCCCAACUCCAAGGCACCUUGGGGUUUCUACCCACAGCCCGAGAGCCCCAUUCCCUGGCCCCAAAGCCAACAGAGAGCCACAUCAAAGCUCUAAGUAUAGAGAACCUACAUACUGAGAACACUUGGAUUCAAUUGUACUGCUUCCUUUUGGUAAAAUAACUGGUUCUUUUUUUUCUUACAAUAGAAAACAUUAAGAUUUAGAAUGAAAUAAAAAACACACUAUAUAUGUCUUUUCACUUGUUUUUGGGUUAUGUGAUUUCUGCUGUGAAUCUGUUUUAUGCUUUAUGAUUUGCUUGUUCUGCCAAUAACAAUGUUGUUAUAUAAAUCAAACAUUAUUAUUAAAUGUCUGUUGUUAUUAUAGAAGGCUAUUUAUAUCUGCUCUUGUUUUUAAUAAACAGAAGCAAUGUUAAGAU